AAACAAUUCCGUUCCAUUCUCUUCAUACAAUCACAUGAAUCUAAUUCUCUCCUCUUUCUCUCUCCUACCUCCAUUUUUUCUCCCCUUUUAAGACCCCAAAUUCAUCCUACAUAAAUCCCAAAUUCAAAUGAAAUGUUCAUGGGACCCACCUCAGCUUAAUUACACAAGAAACAUACCUCUAAAAAUUCUAUAUAUACUUCAUUCACCUCCAAACUCAACCUUAUGUUUUACUACUAUAUUGAACUCUCACCUCUAAGUUGUGCCAUUUCUUAUUCAUUAAUUAUUUGGUUAAUCAUUUCAUUAAAAGAGGAUCAUAAAUGGCCAAAGGCCGUAGAUUAACCUCGUCCCUAAGCGAGAGGUUUCUUGGCACAGAAUCCUAUAAUUACUACAACCACCACGUCCACGACCACGACCAUGGCUACCACGGAAACGGCACAGUUUCCGAGGUGUCGGAAUUUGAGGAGGUGGAUGUGUGGCCGAUGGAGGACGAUGUCUCAGAAAACCACCACCACCUCCAUCAUAACAACCUGCAGCGAGAGUGGUCCCCACGCGCCACCGUGGAGAGUGGGAGAAGGCGAGUGAUAGCUAAUAAUGUCAAGUGUCAGGAAGAGGAAAGGCACGUGGGGGGACUGUCCCUGGCAUUUGAUGACAAGACGGCGCCGUCAUCUCGUAGGAUCCUGCACCAAUUUGGAGGAGCCACGGGGAGUGGGGGCGCACGUGUGGUGGGCCCAAAUAGACACAUGGCCACGUCAGCUCCAGUGAACGUUCCUGAUUGGAGCAAGAUCCUCCGAGUCAACUCGGUCGAGUCGAUGCAUGACUCGGACGAGGAUGACCGAGUUAGUGACUCGGCCAUGGAGCCACCACACGAGUACUUGGCUCGGAGUAGGCAAAAGAAUGCAUUUUCGGUUUUCGAAGGCGUGGGUCGGACCCUCAAGGGUCGGGAUAUGAGCCGAGUUCGCGACGCGGUUUGGAGCCAAACCGGGUUCGAAGGGUAAAUAUAAAAAAUAAUAAGAUUUUCAAAUAUAUAUGUGGCUAAAUAUUUAUAUUAGUGAAAAAUGAACAUUGUUUAGGAUCCAUUUUUUGAACCGGGUGGAGGGGUGAUGAUGAUGAACGACUCGGGUGUUGAGUCAACUCAGUGAGUUAGCGAGUCGAAGGCGAAAUGCCUAAGCCCCAGCCCCUAAAUACUCCUCCCUUCUCUUUCUUGUCUCUCUGUGGUAUUAGCUGGAAUUUGGGAAUUGUCUAGUAUUUGUCAGUAAUAAUUUUUACUACCUAGUAAUUUUGGCAGAAAGAAAUUUGUAAUUUAGUAGAACUUUUAGAGGCAAUAAUUGUAGAGCAAUGGUGAAGUUUUUUUUGUUUUUUGGCACAGCUUUUUGACUUAUUUCAGGCCUUUUGUGUGAAAUAAUUAAAAGAUCAAGUUCUAAUAAUUAAGUUUUACCAUGUAGGGCUAA